AGUAUGUAUUACGCCGAGAUGCCACAUUACGAUGAAAGCUUCUUCCACGAUGACAGCCAGAACCAGAGGAGAAAUAAACGCAGCUAUCGUGUUUAUAAAACAGGAUCCAACCCUUUAGGGUUCCUUGAGUCGAAUGAUGUAAUACACGUAAUCGAAGAGAGAGGUGCUUCGGUCAUAAAGCGGAAUAUACGAAAUAUUAAACACCGCGGCAAUCGAUACAAACCUGCUACAUCGACUUCGCAAUAUUUGUCGCAUACAAAAUAUACAACUCCGGAUAUAUUGAUUGAUCACUGUCCUCGCAUUAGCGUCUUUGAUCCUAAAAAGUUAUAUGACCUACGCAAUAAUAAUAUUAUAUCUCCGUUAAGUCCGUGUAAGAGCCUUGAUAACCUAACCCUAAGACAAGUUAAGAGAAAUGUACCAAAGGACAAAAUUAGAAAUGGAUUAAGUCUCCAAAAUUUGGCGCACGAAGAAAAUUUAAAGCAUUACGUUUCUCCAGUCGAAGACUAUCUUGCCACUGGACAGGAGGACGUUAGAAAUUCUUAUUCAGUAGUGGAAGCGCGACGAAAACCCUUACAACGUCGGUUUUCCCGUAGUACUGCAGCUCCAGGUGUCGGUGUCUAUCGUAAAAUCAGUGGAGAUGGUGCGGCAGCGAAUUUAAAUGAGAACGAGGUUUGCGGAGAAGCGGGGUCGGGGCACCGCGGCUCAUUGCGCGGCGCCAACAAACUAGCGCGGCGUGCGCGCUCCUUCAAGGACGACCUACUGGAGCGCAUCUCUAACAUGCGCUCGCCGGCGCAGCCUCCACAUCCGCCACAUCUCGCCUCCAAUAUCAGAUCGCACUCCCCACUUAGUCCGAAGCCACGGAACAUGGGGGCGAAAACUGUUACAGCGGAGGAAGGUGAAAUUACGCCUGCGAAGGAGCUCGAACGGCUAGUCAAAGAGGUCACAUUCGGCUUAAAACAUUUCUCCGAUGUCAUCACAAAGAGGAAACUGGAAAUGUUGCCGGACAACGGCACUAUUGUAUUCGAAUCGAUCGCGAACAUACACAAAGCCAUCAAACCAUACUGCAGCCGGUCCCCAGCGUUAAUGAGCGCCGUCAAGAGGCUAUGCACAGCGUUAGCAAUGCUAAUACGCUUAUGCGAUGAAGUAACCGUAGUCAGUUUGCGGGGAGACGCCGACGAUUCAGAGAUAGAAGUGUCAACUGCGGCUUUAUCGCCCGAGCAUGUGAGCUCGGUUGUGAAGGCUGUGACGUCAGCGGUAGAGGAAGUAGCAGGUCUCGCUCAGCAGCAUAUGACCAGACCGGCGUUGUCACCGCGGUCCGCGCUCGUGUCUCCAAGAGCGUCCACACAACGGAAUUCCUUACCUGAUAUUCCUCUCACUCCCAAGGAACUGUCACAGUUAACAGGCGAGCCGGGCAUGGAGUCCAGCGGCGUACGCGCGUCUCACUCCUCCGAGUCCAUACUGGAUGCCCCAGACUCGCCGCCACCAAAACCUGCGAGGCCUAACCGGAAAAUCGAGUUGGCCCCGCCUUUGCCGCCAAAGCGCAAGUCUGCUAAUGAGAACUCCUUAUUGGGACUGUCCAUAGACAGAUUAUCCCUGCAGUCACACAGCAGCGGCUCUCUAGAUUCAAUGCUCAACGUGUCAAAUGACGAGGAUCGGAACGCGCACGAUUCUAUGAACCAUGAAGUUUUCGUGACUGCUCCUAAUUCUGAUUUAGUUGGUAUUUGCAGUUGCAACAAUAUUAAUGAAAUGCGAACGUCCGUCGAAUCGCACGACUCGCAUAUGAACAAUAUACAUGGACAUAAUAAUCACAAUCGCUUCUCUAACGAGUCCGGCUUCGUAUCCGUGGGCCAUAGUGAAAUAUCCACGGAACACUGUUUCACUUCGACCUUCGCCGCGCAUCACUACUCGAGUCAUACGGACAGUACUUUUGAAAGUACAGAGUAUGUGAGCGAAAUGAAGUGCUCUCUGCAGAGUGUUGAGAGCCGCAUGAAUAUGUUCAGUGUCAACACUGUGACCAACUCGCACAACACAAAGUUGGCAAGCAUCACAUCAGACGAAAGUGAGACACCGCCCGAACUGCCCGCCAAAACGCGUCGCAACAUACGCGCUGACAUGCAACAGUUCUUCCCUAAUGUCGAAAUCAGGAAGACGCCGCCAUUCUCUAUACACGACGCGCGUCCACAUACGCUGGCCGAACACAACCAUCAGCGUCCGCCGCCGCUGCCGCUCAAGAAGAAACACAUGUUUCAAAGCGUCGCCUACAGCGUUAUGGCAUACAUGGAGAUGUUUGGAAACUGCAGUCACACGAACGCGCAUCCUCCUAUAAAUCUGGAAGCGCCGCCCGAUAUGUUUCGGCAUUCCAUACACACUUAUAACUUAACUAGUGCACAACACUCAAGCGCAGGAACUAUUAGCGUGGGGCAUCAUCAGGUACAAAGGUCGAUGGCUUCAUCGUUAACUGUUCAACACCUGAGUACACCACCCCUAAGUGGUUCAGAAGACAGCGUGAGUAUGAAAACUUCGAGUAGAACUAGUCCCGUACCUCCUGAACCUCCAGCGCUACCACCAAAGAUCAAUAAAAGUAAACAGAUUUCAAUGAAUUCGAGCAACGAACUACUCCCCCCACCCUCCCCGCGGCCUUCGUCUCAUAAUAGUUCGGCGGAUGAGUCUAUGUUAAACAAUGUGAGUUCAGACGACUUGUACAUAAGUUCGACGUCGCCGGGCAAGUUCCCAGUGGAUGACGAGGAUCUGGAUCGACUAGUGCAACCUAUGCCAUCUCCUGUACCUUCGCAGAGAAGCGAAAGCAGUACAGAACCUACAGCAGUGACAGCAGACGAAAAUACCACAAGUAUAGCUGACCCAGAUGAUAUUGUCCUACAAACGGAAGUGAGCGGUUGGCUCCUACUGAAAGGCACCAACAAGGAUGGCCCCGAAGUACGCGGGGGACAUCCAGAUGCCUUAAUCGUACUCGCUACUAAAGCUACCAAAGAAACGGACGAGUAUUUUGCAUACCAGGAAGCGUUCCUGGCUACGUACAGGACAUGGGUGUCGCCCAGCGAACUAGUCCACAAGCUUGUGCGGCGUGCGCAUCAUUACAGGCCGAGACCGCACGAACUUCGUUCCACACUGAGUCUGCUCACCAGGGUCGUAGCUGAUCUUACAAUGUCGGACUUGGACCGGGCGCUCAUGCAAGAGAUUAUGGAGUUCAUAUACUGGCUCGUGGAACGAGAAGAGUUGCCUAUCUCAAAGGCCUUAAGACAAAUAUUGGUUGACAAACAAAAGCAAUUACAUUUCCAAAAUACAAACAACAGAUACGAAUAUGAUUUGCCGUGCUAUGGCAUUGUAUCACUACGCCGUGACACUCUCCUCGAUUUUAAAGCGAGUGAGCUAGCGGAACAGAUGACCUUGUUAGAUUCCGCACUGUUUGUGCGAAUAACCACAGCGGAGGUGCUGUCGUGGCCACGUGACCAGUCCGAAGAGAGAUCCCCAAACCUCACGAGGUUUACGGAGCACUUCAAUAAGAUGAGCUACUGGGCCCGAUCGAGAAUAUUGGAACAGGACGAGGCUCGCGAACGAGAGAGAUACGCGAACAAGGUGCUAAAAGUAAUGAAAGCGCUGAGGAAAUUGAACAACUUCAAUUCUUACCUGGCGCUGGUGUCCGCGUUAGACUGUCCGCCGGUGCGGCGACUGGGCUGGCCCCGCGCCGUUGUGGAUACGUUGAAAGACCACGUGGCGCUGAUUGACUCGUCGCACUCAUUCCGCGCGUACAGACUUGCGCUGGGUGAGACACAACCGCCCUGCAUACCGUACAUUGGCCUCUUCCUACAAGAUCUGACGUUUGUACAUGUCGGGAACCCGGACUUACUUCCCGACGGCAGCAUAAAUUUCACUAAACGGUGGCAACAGUACACCAUUAUGGAAAACAUGAAGCGCUUUCAUAAAGAGCAAUACAAAUUCAAGAAGAAUGAGCGCAUCCAAGCUAUGUUCAAUGAGUUCGACGACGUGCUCAGCGAGGAGACGAUGUGGCAGAUAUCGGAGAAGAUCAAGCCACGCGGUGGCCGCUCGCGCAACCCCUCCGCGCCCUCACCGCCCGCUGCCGUCCCGCCACCUGCCGCGACCGCCGCUGCCACAUAAGGUAAAACUAGAACUAUCCAAAGAAAAAUGAGGAGAGUGAGGUGAUAGCAAAAACAAUUAGACAUAAAUGUGAGAAUUUGUCUAUGAGGAAUUGUUUAACUUAGAUAAAAUAUUGUGAUUAUCUGUCCUAAAAUGGCCUAAUUAUUUUUAAUGUAUUUAUUGGUAAAUGCGAUUUCAAUUGCGAUUGGUACGAUUGAGUGCUUGGCAGAACAGCACAACCCAUUAGCUUGCUUACACUUGGUUUUUAGAUCUGUCCUUUUAUUCCAACAAUAUAAAAGCUACUAGAAGGGUAAGUACAAAACUAAACACAUAACGAGUUUUCAAUUUAUUAUUGCAAACACGGAUAUCUCCAAUAAUACAAGCAAGAAAAGAAAGUUAAAAAAAAAUUGGGUUAGAUUUUUAUGCUGGUACAUUAAUUUAAAAAAAGCUAGCUGGCACCGGAUCUUCGGCAGUUGCGAACAUUAAACUUGAAAGUAGGCAGAACUGAAAAAAAACGAUAAUAAAAUUAAUUACAUGUUUUUCUCGUUUAUAAAUACGCAUACCAUAUUAACAAAUAAAAGAAAAAAAAAUUGAAUAAUACUUGAAUGAUUACUUAAUAAAAUUUAUGAGAGUUAAGUUUUAUUCUUACAUUUAUUUUUUUGCAGCAGGUCUUGCUGAACAAGUAAAUAAAGCAAAAUGUAUGUAAAAAAAUAUAGCCCAAUUUGACGUGAUGCUCUUUUGAAGCUUUCAUUAAAAAGUUAAAAUAAUAGUAAAAACCAAAAAAUCUUUAUCAGUAUUUAUACCGUUACUGUCAUACAUAUCAGCAUGUGACUUGCAUAGAUUACUACAAUGAAUACGAGUGACGCGUAGGUGUAGGUUAUUUCUGAUAUUCUUCUUGUUGUUGUGAUUUGCCAUUGAUGUCAUUGUAUAAGUUAAAUUACUAGCCGACUUCGUAAGCUAAAUCUCAAUACAUCGAAAUAGGGGAAUCCUUUUAAAGUGUUAAGAUCGUUAGGUGAUUUGCUAUAUAUUUAAUAGCUUUAAGUAGCGCAUAUGGUGAAACUAAUUUAUAUAUAGUAAUUUCGUUUCGAUGUCUUUAUAAAAAUGUGUAGGCGUGAUAGACUGAUUUCCUAGUAACUUAUUCACUUUUAUAUAGAAACAAGAAGCCUUAUUUUCAACCGUAACAUAGCAUUGCUUUAGGAAUAAAUGUAAACUGUUCAUUUUGAAAAACAUUUUGAGUCUCAUCGUAAUUUAUAGUCUAUAGCGCGUUAGGUGAGUUUUCGAACUGGAAAUUGCAUGAAAAUAAACUAUAUUUUGAGUAUGAAAUGGGACGACCUAGUUUUCAUCAAGAAAUUAAUUUGGAUAAGAGUUAUGACCCAGAUUAUCUCGUGUCUUCAGUCGGAGCAAGUUUUCUCAAUCGUCCCACCUUGAUAACUGUAGUGCUUGUAAAAUAUAAUAAGUGAGAUAACACCAAUAUUUUACAUUUGUGUAUGAAUUUUAUAGUCAAUAUUGUAUGUGAAUUUUUUUAAGGAUGUAUUUUUAGUGAUUUUUACACGGAAGUUAAUAAGAUUUGGUGCGUACGCACGCAACGUGCAGUACAUAUGCAUUAAAGACGAUUUGAGAUUGAGAAAAACUUACUCAAUUGAAUGUCAACGCAGAAACCGUAUGGGAUUGUAUCCUUUGACUUUGACUUUUGAUCUAAAAUAUGCAAACGAAAGUAUACUGUGUGCCAAAUAUCUAUCGAAAGAAGCGUCCCAUUUCUGAUAGGUAAAAGUGUAUUUUAAAAAAUGUUUGGAAUUGCUUUUUUAUGUAGUAAACAGUACAAGUUUACUUAUAAGUGUCACGACCACUUUUUUUUACGUUGCACAAAAUUGGAACUUAUCAUACCGAAAAAAGGUUAUACAAAAUUUUUCGUUUAUUAACACAAUAUAUAAAAGCAAGGUUUACUAAGACCUACAAAUAUGUGUAUACAACAAGGUAUUUGUUAUAAUUUCGCCAUAAUGAAAA